AUGGCACAGCAGUUAUAUAUUCCCAAAGGCGCUCUUGCCUUCUCCAACGCCAGCAUUGCCACCUUCCACGCGAACGAUGCCGUUAAUGCCAAAAGUCUUCUUCACAGCGUCUGGGGCCCGAUGAGUGACCCAAAACAUGCCAACUACACUGGCUGUAUGUGGGAGGUCAUGAGUCCUGAUGGUACUCCCGGGCUCGGGUCCGUAACCUCGCUGUGUCAUGCCUGGAGCGCAGGGCCCACCGCUGAUCUGAGCCGUUAUGUUCUCGGUAUUCAGCCCGUCACUCCUGGUUUUAGGGAGUGGAAAGUCGCACCUCAGACUUUGGGUCUGGCCUGGGCACGGGGAGAAUAUCCUACCCCUCACGGCAACAUCAUUGUUGAUUGGUCUUUCGACUGCAGCGGACAUUUCAAUAUUGCUCUUCGUGCCCCCGUUGGCACUAGAGAUACUGUUGUUCUUCCUAGCCCUUUGAACGGAACACUUGAGGGGCAAGGAAUCAGUGAAAUUCACCGAUUCAUACACGUUUGCGGCUUCUUUUCGAAUCCAACACAUGGCCGUAUCAAGGAGAUGGGAUUGCUGAAAAUCCACCUGUUUCAAAAUGCGAACUCCCGCAUCACCUCGCCGAAACUACCAGACUAUCAGAGCUCAACCAGAGUAUUGGUAUAUCCUUUAGCAUCCAUUAAGAUACCAUUCCUCAGAGCCACAAUGGAAAUGAGAUCAUCCACUCGAGGCCCCUUGGAAUUCUAUUCGAAAUCCCUGAGGAUAGACGGACAUGGGACGGAUAUAUUUGCUAAUGCCAAGGAGCCUAAAUUUUAUUGGGGCUGGGAUCUCGAAACUUUAGAUCAAGAGGGUCUAAGACCUCUAAUUGUUCGUAUAUUCGUAAAUUCGUACUUGCAUGAUCCACUUUAUGGGGAUUACCCGCUGGGUGAACCUUCCUUACCCGAUUCAACGUGGUCCUUCCAGCCUGGUCGCAGAAUGAUUUUGCAAGUAGUAUAUCAUGAGCAUACGGAACCAAGAGUAGGCAGUGAGCAUCCCGCCACGCUCGUGCAGGCACCUGCUAUUAUGUCAAUCGCCAAAGUCUUCUUCCAGAGAAAAUUCAUCAUUCGGCACUACGGAACAGGCCAUCCAGAUAAGUUGAUGACCACCUGGAAAGUUCCCUACGAGUCUAUCGAAUUCUCCCCAGGAGAAAAAGAAGUUAUCUCUCGGCAACCCUACGUGCCACUAAAUGCCUGA